UUGACAUGUUGUCAAAAAAUCGAAUAUCGACUACGUACUGUCGAGUGGUCAGUGCGACACUUUUCGACUCGAGGCAAACUCCCUGAAGCAAUCAAAUAGAAAAAUAAUCCUUCAGGUUUUGUGGUAAAAAAAUGGCUGCAUCGGGAAAACUAUCGGUUCUGGCCCGUCAACUGAGCACUAGCUCGGUCACCGCGCAACUGGUCAAACCCCCGAUCCAAGUUUUCGGUCUGGAGGGUCGCUACGCUUGUGCCCUCUACUCGGCUGCUUCUAAAAACAAAGUUCUAGAUGCCGUCGAAAAGGACCUCAAGGGUCUGCAAAAGCAAAUGCGUUCCGAUCCCAAGAUUCGUGAUUUGUUGAUCGAUCCAACCACAAAGCGAAACGUCAAGGCGGCUGCUCUAAAGGAAGUUUCCACCCGGGUUAAGUUCAACGCUGCCACCGGCAAUUUGCUCGCGGUGCUGGCUGAAAAUGGGCGCCUCGGUCGGUUGGAUGGCAUCAUAAAUGCCUUCUCGCUCAUUAUGGCCGCCGAACGAGGAGAGGUUGUAUGCGAAGUCAUAACCGCGAAGCCACUGGACGAUUCUCAGCGCAAGCAGUUGGAGAGUGCUUUGAAGUCCUUCUUGAAACAGAAUCAGACCAUCCAGCUGACUGCCAAGGUUGACACAGCACUGAUCGGAGGAAUGAUUGUCUCUAUCGGCGAUAAAUACGUAGAUAUGAGCGUUGCCAGUAAAAUAAAGAAAUACACCGAUAUCAUUACUGCUCCAGUCUAAACGCGUCUAAAGCAUCAAUCUUCGCGAGUGGCUAAAUUUGUAGGAUUUGUUAUUGAAGUUAGGAGAUUCUUGUAACAUACUGGAGUUUGCAGGAUCUUAAUAAAAUGAUAAGCCGUAAA